AUGAGUGGAGCUGGAUGCGCCCAGCACCCGCAAGCUCUCCUAGCUCCUUUUUCCAGCUCAGCAAGCUACUGUAAAGUAGAAAAUCGUUUACCACCUCAGGUGGAUAUCCCUGUCAGUUCACCCAACAGUUCUUUCCUCCAAGAUUGCUUGGAGAGUAUUUGUCAUAAUAAGCCCCCUGGGGCUGAAACCGCAACCAAGUGUUGCAGAAGCCAAACAGACUCCAAAACAACACAAAUGAUGAAACCAGCAGCCACAGUCCUUGGGGAAGAAGCCACACCAAACCUGCCACCAAGGAUGUGA